AUGCAGGCUGCACAGCAGUCCUGGGAGCUCGAGAACGCAAUCAGCGUGUUCGACCCCCAACGCGAUGCCCUCUACCAAUAUGACGAAGCUACACAAAAGACCCUCAAUGCAGAACGGCCUUGGGCCUCAGACCCGUACUACUUCAAAGCGGUCCGUAUCUCCGCUACAGCACUAUUGAAAAUGGUGAUGCACGCCCGCUCGGGCGGGUCCCUGGAGGUCAUGGGCUUGAUGCAAGGCUAUAUCCUACCGAACACAUUUGUCGUGACUGACGCGUUUCGACUACCCGUCGAAGGAACCGAGACUCGCGUCAAUGCUCAAGACGAAGCGAAUGAAUACAUGGUGUCGUAUCUGCAAUCGUGCCGGGAUGCGGGCCGGAUGGAAAACGCUGUGGGCUGGUACCACAGCCACCCAGGGUACGGGUGUUGGCUGUCUGGCAUCGACGUAGCCACGCAGCAGACACAACAGAUGACGGGGCCGUUUGUGGCCGUUGUGAUCGACCCGGAGCGCACGAUCUCCGCUGGCCGCGUUGAGAUCGGCGCCUUCCGCACUUUCCCCUCAGACUUCAACCCGCCUAAGGAAGGCCAUGAAGACGACGAUUAUCAGACGAUUCCGCUUGGCAAGGCGGAGGAUUUCGGCGCCCACGCAAAUCAAUAUUACUCCCUUGAAACGACGCAUUUCAAGAGCACGCUCGACACCGAAAUACUAUCUCUUCUCUGGAACAAAUACUGGGUCGCGACGCUCAGCCAGAGCCCGUUGUUCACAUCGCGCGACUACGGCAGCAAGCAGAUCAUGGAUCUCAGCCAGAAAGUGCGCAAAGCGGCGCGGGGUAUCGAGAGCAGUGGUCCACGGGGUGGCUCGGCUACAAAUAAAGACCAGCAGCUGGACAAGGUUGUGCGCGGUGGGCAGCGGAUUGUAUCGGAGGAGGUAAAAGGACUCCUGGCAUCCGAGGUGAAGAUGAAGCUCUUCCAAGAUAUCGGGAACCAGUCCUCCUCGGCAGCCUAG